UCUUGUUUAAUCCAGACAUGCUAAUGAGUGGGCGGUGUAAAGUGUACCUGCAAAUGAGUGGGCGGUGUAUAGUGUACAUGCAAAUGAGUGGGCAGUGUAUAGUGUACAUGCUAAAGGGUGGGCGGUGUAUAGUGUACAUGCUAAUGAGUGGGCGGUGUAAAGUGUACAUGCUAAUGAGUGGGCGGUGUAAAGUGUACAUGCUAAUGAGUGGGCGGUGUAUAGUGUACAUGCUAAUGAGUGGGCGGUGUAAAGUGUACAUGCUAAUGAGUGGGCGGUGUAAAGUGUACAUGCUAAAGGGUGGGCGGUGUAUAGUGUGCAUGCUAAUGAGUGGGCGGUGUAAAGUGUACAUGCUAAAGGGUGGGCGGUGUAUAGUGUACAUGCUAAUGAGUGGGUGGUGUAAAGUGUACAUGCUAAAGGGUGGGCGGUGUAUAGUGUACAUGCUAAUGAGUGGGCGGUGUAUAGUGUACAUGCUAAUGAGUGGGCGGUGUAUAGUGUACAUGCUAAUGAGUGGGCGGUGUAAAGUGUACAUGCUAAUGAGUGGGCGAUGUAAAGUGUACAUGCUAAUGAGUGGGCGGUGUAUAGUGUACAUGCUAAUGAGUGGGCGGUGUAUAGUGUACAUGCUAAUGAGUGGGCGGUGUAUAGUGUACAUGCUAAUGAGUGGGCGGUGUAUAGUGUACAUGCUAAUGAGUGGGCGGUGUAAAGUGUACAUGCUAAUGAGUGGGCGGUGUAUAGUGUACAUGCUAAUGAGUGGGCGUUGUAAAGUGUACAUGCUAAAGGGUGGGCGGUGUAUAGUGUACAUGCUAAUGGGUGGGCGGUGUAUAGUGUACAUGCUAAUGAGUGGGCGGUGUAAAGUGUACAUGCUAAUGAGUGGGCGGUGUAAAGUGUACAUGCUAAAGGGUGGGCGGUGUAUAGUGUACAUGCUAAUGGGUGGGCGGUGUAUAGUGUACAUGCUAAUGAGUGGGCGGUGUAAAGUGUACAUGCUAAUGAGUGGGCGGUGUAAAGUGUACAUGCUAAAGGGUGGGCGGUGUAUAGUGUACAUGCUAAUGGGUGGGCGGUGUAUAGUGUACAUGCUAAUGAGUGGGCGGUGUAUAGUGUACAUGCUAAUGAGUGGGCGGUUUAAAGUGUACAUGCUAAUGAGUGGGCGGUUUAAAGUGUACAUGCUAAUGAGUGGGCGGUUUAAAGUGUACAUGCUAAUGAGUGGGCGGUUUAAAGUGUACAUGCUAAUGAGUGGGCGGUUUAAAGUGUACAUGCUAAUGAGUACAUGCAACCGGAAUACUUGAAGACGAGGUGUUGCCCCAACGCCUCCACGGUGAACGGAGGAUCAAAGAAACGGAACAUAUCGUGUUAUAUAUAUAUAUAUAUAUAUAUAAUGGGGGCAAAACUACUUCAAAAAAUGUCCAACCGUCACACGCGAGUGUUUUAAACCGGUGUGCUGGAUGAAAGGAUACGUGAGAAGCUGAAGAUGCUGCGUGAGUCAACGGAUGUUUUGAAGCUGCAUUUACUUCAUCCAUGAAAACCGUUCUCGUGUCUGAGUCUGUUCACCGUGGAGGCGUGAGGGCCACACAAAGUGCUCUUGGAGGAUUCAAGGUGGGGAUGAGGUGUUCCUUCAAGGCAGUGAUGAGGAAACCACUUGGAGCUACAUGAAAACUAUCAGCUGUUGCUCAAUAACGCUCUACUUGAGACAAAUGAAACCCAAACUAUGUGCAUGUAGCACUGGUGGAAGGGGAGGGGUUAUGUGUUUGUCAUUUUUGGUGAACAAACUCUUCGUAAGUAAAGCACAAGUUUAAAAAAGAGGUUCAAAAUCAUCAAAUUGUUUCACACCUUUUCAGCAUCUUUACUGGCAGAACAAUACCAUCAGUGGAUUUGUUGCAUUCAGGUCAGUGUUUUGUGAAAUGACUGAUUGUUGUCACCGUUUCUAUUCAC